AUGAUGAAAUUGACGCUAGCAGUUCCAUUUCUCGCAGCUGGCGCAUUGGCCGCUGUCGUCAAUCAGACAACCUGUGGUGAUACCACUUACCAGUAUACCGGACUAGCUGGCUAUGGCUUCAUUCCUUCAAAUGCCACCGAUAAACACGGCGACACAAUUGGAGGUAUCGGAAGCUCCAUCGCCAUCGACCAGUCGUCCUGGCGCAAGCUAGGUAAAGACGGAUAUGCGGGGACUCUCUACACAAUCCCGGACCGAGGCUGCCCCCGAAGCUUCCGCCUCAAAUCCCUCAACCCCCAACAUCCGCCUCAAACGCCGAUAUCACCGGCCACGCCUCAUACCCAGGCUUCCCCCCCUCUCCCCGUCGCAACAUACACAGGCAACGGCUUCGGAGGCCCCGGCAAGGGUGGCCGACGCAUCUCCGUCGACGCCGAAGGCCUGGCCCUCGACCCGAAGGGCGGAUUCUGGGUUUCAGACGAGUAUGGCCCGUACGUGUACAAGUUCAGCGCCUCAGGACGCAUGGAGCAUGCGAUCCAACCACCACAAGCAUUCCUGCCUCGCCGCAACGGCUCUAUCAGCUUCAAUUCCAACACCCCGCCACUAUAUAACGCGAAUGAGAUCCCCGUACCGGAAGAUACCGAGUCCGGCCGUGCAAACAACCAAGGCUUCGAGGGAUUGACUAUUUCCGCCGACGGAAAGACGCUCUACACCCUUAUCCAGAGCGCGCUGGAUCAGGAGGGUGGCCCGAGUAAAUCAUCUCGCGCAACUGCCCGCUUGAUCGCGUAUGAUAUCUCGACCUCCAAGCCUAAAUAUAUCCACGAGUGGGUUGUCAUCUUGCCCAAGUUUGACGAUCCGGCGAAGUCCAAGCCUGUUGUUGCGGCGCAGUCGGAGAUCCAUCAAUUGCCCAGCGGCGAUUUCUUAGUCCUGGCGCGCGACUCGGGACGCGGGCAUGGUCAGACGGAGUCGCAGUCUUUAUAUAGGCAUGCGGAUGUUUUCUCUAUCAAGGGCGGUGCGUCUGAUGUGAAGGGGAAGAAGGACUAUGAUUCUGCGAAGGGGGCGGUUGCUUCUUCUAAGGGGGACGGCGGAGAUGAGUAUAUUCUCUUCAGUAUGAGUGAUAAUGACUUUAUUACUCAAGAUGGACAUAUGAACUUUGGAAAGUUCCGGUAUAGCGAUGAGUCUGGCUUUGAUUUGGAUACCCAGAUCCUCGCUUUUCACUUGAAGAUUUAG